AUGCCGAAGCGAAACGCACCCUAUGGCGGGUAUGGAGGAGGGGCUCCCAAAAAGAGAAAGGGUCCAAAGAAUUGCUAUGGGGUCAGGGCUGGGAGAAAGCCUGGUAUCUACGAUACCUGGGCCGAAUGCGAAGAACAAGUAACAGGCUUUCCAGGGGCAGUUUUUCAAGGAUUCUAUUCGUUCGAAGAAGCUCGUGAUUACAUGCGUGACACAGAUUGGAUGCGUAGCAUGAUGCAUCCAUCAACCAGUGUCCCUGCGGCGAGCGUCCCUACUGCCCGAAUCCCUUCGGUCAGCGCUGCCCAGGCCAGCGUCCCUAAAGUCAGCGCGUCUGGGAAAUACUACGCUGUCGCAGUUGGCAGCAAGCCGGGCAUCUAUGACACCUGGUCCGAGGUCGAACGAUACAUUAAAGGUGUAUCUGGGGCCCGACACAAGAAGUUCAACACGUGGGAAGAUGCGAAGGAUUUCAUUAUAAAAAAUGGAACACCGGAAACAUGCCAGGCUCUUGGGAUAGCAUCCGCUUCAGGGCAACAAGCACAACAACCAUGGCAAAACCCAGCAGUACACGCGCGGGAAACAAGGCUAGAAUACCAACCACCGCAAGCACAGUACCAACCGCAGCAGGCACACUAUCAACCACCGCAAGCACAGUACCAACCGCAGCAGGCACAAUACCAACCGCAGAAAACACAAUACGAAAGUGCAGCAGAACAAGUUCGACAAGAACGGAUGGCACGACAGGCUCAACACGAACAUCAGACUCAACACGAACAUCAGACUCAACACGAACAUCAGACUCAACGCGAACAUCAGAUUCAACGCGAAGAGCAGAUUCAACGAGAACGACUCGUGCAGCAAAGCCGACAGGAACAACCGGCUCAGGAAGCAAUCAGGAUUUACACAGAUGGCAGCAGUCUUGGAAAUGGAAAGCCUGGCUGCAGUGCUGGCCUUGGUGUCUUCUUUGGCCCUGGCGAUGUGCGUAACCUCUCCGAGAGACUCCCCGGCCUGCCUCAGACGAACCAGCGAGCUGAACUACUAGCUAUACUAAGGGCAAUGGAGAUGGUACCUCUAAAUCAGGUAAUAGAGAUCUGGACCGAUAGUAAGUACUCUAUCAAUUGUGUAACAGAGUGGCAUACGAACUGGGAGAAGAGGGGUUGGAGGACUGCUCAAGGAAAGCCUGUCAUGAACCUCGACAUCAUACGCGACAUAUUAGCCAAGAAGAGAGAGAGAGAAGCUGCCGGGGCAGUCACAAAGUUCCAAUGGGUUAAAGGACAUGGAUCAAAUCCGGGUAACAUCGAGGCCGAUCGUCUAGCCAACGUAGGAUCCCGAAUGCCACGAGUCCAUUAG